CGAAACAGUUAAAUACACCGUUACCUUGAUGAAUAUUGUUUACAAACAUGAAAGGUGUAAACGCUAUAUAUCGGACAACAAUUAUUCUUGGUGAGGAGUUUAAUUACCGAAUCGGGAUUGUUGAUGGAUUAAUUAAUUAAUUAAGCCUAAUUCAGUAAUCAUGGACUUAAUUACCGCGAUAACGCGCGUGUUUGUGCCACUGUGGAUUUUUACAGGCAUCGUGCAAAGCGAAGCAGAUGUAAGGAAAGCAGAUGUUGUGAUCGUUAACCGAGCCGUCAGUGUGACACAGGGUCGCACCGUAUGGCUGGAUCCCUCCAGAGACCUAAGGUUGAAGGUUCGAGCCGGAAAUAAUUGCACCGUAAGGGCUAUAGACAACGAAGUAAACCUAUAUUACAAACCAGGCAGACUGAGCAAAACUGAAUUUCCAUGUACUUUCACAAAUAGUGAGAUUAAGUAUACACAUUUUGGUUCAGAAUCUUUCACAGAAGAUCGGCUGCAUCUUUUGAUCCGCUAUGAUUCCUCUUCGCAGACCACAGUCAUUCCGCUUGUUUUAGUGAUAAAAAUAGUUCAGGCAUCUUAUGAGAUCGUGAAAAAGAAACAGGACUUGACUGUUGAUGAUGGUUCCUCACAACCUUUGCACAAUGCAGUGAACUUUAUGUUCAACAGCAGUUUAUAUUCCUGCAGAAUAAGCAUUUUGCCGGAUGCUUAUGGGUUACCACUGUAUGGCAAUUUACUUAGCAAUGGACUUUCUUUAACAAAUAUUGACUGCCAGGAUUUUCAGAAAUCUGAUAUAAGAUAUAAAUUCACCUCGCAACAAAAUGGAUUGAAUUUUGACUACAUUGCCUUGCAUGUACGCAUAUUCAAUAAAAACAUGUCCACAAUAAAAGAGGAAUAUUUUCAACUGACAGUAAACAGUUAUCUUCGACAGGCAAACACACAUCCUCAUGCAAGUCUCAAUGCAAUAUUUGUUAUGGAAGCAAUUAACAAGUUUACAAUGACUGCAAUUACGCCGGACAUUGUGUCUGGUGUAGAUGAUCACACUCCACCUGGCCGCCUCAUUUUCAAUAUCUCGUUACCCCUGGGUCCCGGAGAAGGGUCCAUUGUGAACACAGAUGACCCAGAAACGCCCUUGCAGUAUUUCUAUCAGAGAGAAGUGAAUGAUCUGAAAAUAGCCUACAAACCGCCGCAGUCCGAUUCCAACAUUAAUCGAAUGUUUCAGUUGUGGGUCACUAUCGUGGACUCUGAGGGUCUUUCAUCGGCUGAGAUUCCUUUAAUGAUCGUGGUACAGCCAUUGAACAGUUUGGCGUCUAUAUUGUCAAUAGUAAAAGGUCUCAACCUAAUAGAAGGUCAGUCAAAAGCAAUAAGUAGUCCAGAUUCACUAGAAAUAGCCCCUGGAAAAGUGAGUGAUAACAUAAGAAUAUAUCGCUGGGAGGGAUUGCAACAUGGGCAUCUGACUCUGCCAUCAGGCAAGAAGUACUUCACACCACGGGAUCUGGAGCAAGGGAAUGUUGUAUACCAUCACGACAACAGUGACACCUACAGUGAUAACAUCAUUUUCAAAAUGUCUGAUGGAAGUCUGGAAGUGACUUUCUUAAUGCCAGUUAUAAUAUUCCCUAAAGAUGACAUGAUUCCAACAUUAAGCAUUAACACAGGAGUUGAUGUUAUUAAAAGUGGAAUAGUUGCACUGACACCCCUGAGUUUGGUGGCUUCAGAUAGAGACAGUUCCUCUAUAACAUUUUUUCUGGUUCCACCAUUUUCAUCAUUAGGAAUUAUUUUCAUGAGACAAUAUGAGUGUCCAGAGAAUUCAAGUAUUUGGCAGUUUGAAAAUGGCAGUUUUGAAAGGUUUGUUUCUGUCUUUACUCAGCAUGAUAUAAUGCAGGGAAAAAUAUUUUACAAGCAGACGGGAGAACAUGCAAAUGUAGCUUUUACGGACGAAAUAAAAUUCAAGCUGAAAGAUGAUGCCAUCCCUCCAAAUGAAUCACCAGUCUACGAACUUGUCGUCCGAGUAAAACCAGUCGAUGACACUGCGCCCUUCAUAUAUCCCAAUACUUUAUUACAAAUUGAAGUUGGUUACAAUAGGCUUACAGAACUGCGGAAAAAGAAUCUGAGAUUCACGGAUGACGAAUCUAACGAUCGUGAAGUUAAAUAUACGGUCACACAAAUACCUGAAGAUAUGUACACUAACAGUUUGUUCGAUUCUGGGAAGAUCGUCCAUUGCGAGAGUCCAUGGAAACCAGUGGACCAGUUUACCCAAGGAGAUGUGAAUCAACUCAAAAUAUGCUACCAACCACCCAGCGCAGCAUUGUCUAUCAACACACGAAUAAUAAACUUCUAUUUCAAUGUAGAAGAUAAAGUAGGAAACAAGCUUGAGAACCAGAAGUUUACCAUUGUAAUCAAGCCACUAAGUGACACAGUCCCAGAAGUAAUCAACAAAGGAGCAGUGAUUGAUGAAAAGGGUCAAGUUGUGAUAGAACCUGAUGCACUGUACGCUAGAGAUAAAGAAACCGAGAAAAAUAACGUCAAAUUUGUAUUACAGAGUGUUCCUAGUUUCGGCAGUUUGUACAAGGAGGGGAAGGUUUUGUCUGUAACUGAUUCAUUCUCAAUUACAGAUAUAGACAACAAACACAUAUUGUAUAAGAAAGCAGCAGUGAAUAAGCGAUAUAAUGGUGACAAAGUUGCGCUCAUCGUCUCUGAUGGUAUACAUAGAGUACCCAUUACACUGAAAAUUAAUGCAGGCAGUGUCAAUAUUCCUACAAACAUGCAAGCACCUCGAAUAAUCCAUGAUAACCCUAUACAUGUUGUUGAGGGACAAAAAGUAGCAAUAUCUCAAAAGAACGUAAGAGUAUUGGAUGAUGAUGGUGAUUUAGAGCAAAUAUUUUGUGUAGUAAAAACCCAACCUCUGAAUGGAUUCUUUACGAAAAGUGCAAAUAAUGUUGCUCUGGGGACACCAAUAUCUGCAUUUGCUGCAGAAGAUAUCAACAGGGGGGACAUUUGGUAUGUUCAGAGUAUUCACAAGGGUGUUGAACCCGUGACAGACAAGUUUGGGCUUCAGUGUUCCGAUGGCAAGAAUGUCGGGAAAGAUACAGUAAUAGAUGUUGUUAUAGAGCCAACCAAUGACGAAGUGCCGAAAAUACAGGUGAAAUUGUUUGCAGUGUCUGAAGGUAUGGACAUACGGAUUGACCAAUCAGUGCUCAGUGUGACAGACGCUGAUGUUCCAGUGGACAACCUGACAUUCAUAAUCAUCAGGCCACCAAACCAUGGUCGAAUAGUCAAACAGCUGGUCACGGGUGACAAGGCCACAAACCACUUCACUGUUGCAGAUAUCCAAGAAAUGUUGGCUAUAGCAUAUGAGCAUGAUGGUUCCGAGACUUCAGGUGAUUCGUUUGAAUGUGUGUUGACUGAUGGCGUCCACAAUGUCUCAACUGAAGUGCCAAUUUUAAUUAUUCCAGUGAAUGAUGAAGCCCCUAGAUUGGCCAUUAACACAGGCUUGCAGAUAGAUGCUCUAGGGGACAAGAAAACUAUUACAAAUGAAAUGCUAAAAGCUGAGGAUAUAGAUUCAGCAGUAGAUGAUCUGAUAUUUGUUCUUCGAUCCAUACCGGAAUAUGGCGUAUUGAUCAAGGCAGUGUCCGACAAAGAACAAGCCCUUAUGUAUGGCUCAAACUUUACCCAACAUGACAUAGAUAACCAACUGCUUGCCUACAAACAUUUCGGUAAAGACUCUAAACCAGACCGGAUCAUGUUUGAUGUCUCGGAUGGUCUGAACUCGUUGGUAAAUCGGCACUUCUUAGUGACAAUUAAAGGUAUGGGAAGCCUGUAUCCAAAGAAUGUGAAUUUAGGGAUUGAGUUGCAAAGAAACGGAAUGCUGGUUCUUGCAUUAGACAUUCUGAAAGGCUGCGAGGUUGAUUUACAUGAAGAAAACUUGGAAUUUAAAGUCACCAAAGCUCCAAAAUAUGGGCAUUUAGAAAUUGCAAAUAAAGCGAAAUCGGAAGUGUUGACAUUUUCAUCGAUAGAUUUGCUAUCAGAUCAAGUUAUCUAUGUAUCUUACCCAGAUAUUGCUGAAAUGAAAAUGGACAGCCUUGAAAUUGAAGUUAAAGACAGUAAACACCUGUUUCCUUGUACUUACAAAAUCGCCUUGAAUUCCAUUGAAAACAGUUUGCCUGUUUUGCUGUUCAAGACAAUCCUGUUAGAAGAUGGUGAGAAUAAGUUGAUAACUUUAGCCGAUCUUCAGGCUAUGGAUCAUGACACGUCUGAUACUGAUAUCAUAUUCACAAUAACACAAGUUCCUCAACAUGGAAAUAUCCUAAGAAAUUACUCUGAAAUAGUAACAAAGUUCUCGCAACACGACAUAAAAGAAAAAGUCAUAAGUUACCAACACGAUGGAAGUGGAACGCAUUCUGACAGUUUCACUUUCACUAUAAGUGAUGGAACACAUCAACAGUUUCUAGUCCUAGGUUUUGACCUACCCACAAAGAAACCGCAGCAAAUGAAUAUCGAAAUAAUACCAAUGGAUAACAACAAACCCCGUGUGAAAGUGAAUACAGGGACAACUUCACUGAAAAUGGUCAGCAGUGAAAGCUUGUUUCAGUUCUCCAGCCAGAGCCUGUAUUGCAAGGGACCAAACACCGAUGCACGAGAUCUACGCUACUUCAUAACUGUGCAUCCCAUGCAUGGCUAUCUCAGGAAUUCUGUACGUGGGAACUCUGCCAUCGCAAUUUGGACACAAAACGACAUUGAUGAAGGGCGGAUUCAGUACGUCCUUUACAAGGGGGACAACUCUACCAGGGACAGCUUCUUCUUCAAGGUCAUAGACAAAGAUGGCCAUGCCCUGGAGAACCAGCCAUUCCAGCUGCAGUGGUGCUGGGUGAGCUUCCUUGAUGACCUUAUCCGUGGAAAUGAGACACAGGAGGUCAUAGAGGUCACUGUGCUACGCAGGGGAUACCUGGGCCAUACCAGCGCUGUCACCAUGGAGAUCACAGAAGGAACAGCCUCCCUGGGUCAGGAUUUGUCACGGCAGUUUAUGAAGCAGGUCACAUUCAGUGCAGGUCAGAGCGAGAGGCAGUGGCAAGUAGCCAUAAGAGAUGACAAGAUAUUUGAGAGGGAGGAGACAGUUACCCUUCACCUCACCGACCCCCAGGGGGCACUCUUGAGGGACCCACAGGUUGCCACCAUCACCAUACAUGACCCUGAGGAUGAGGGCAGCGUGUUUUUCUUGGAGACACGGUUGGUAGCCAUGGAGAAUUUCACUGCCAUAGACAUCCCGGUACGGCGAGAUGGUGACCUGUCACAUGACCUUUCUGUGCUCUGCUAUACCCGGAAUGGCCGUGCCCAGGGUACUGAAAGUGACAAGGCAGACAGCAGUCCUGACUUUGUGUCUCGCCCUCAGGCUAAGACCAGUGUGAUCAGGUUUGCCAAGGGAGAAAACCAGAGUGUUUGCAGAGUGACGGUCCUUGAUGACUCUCUGUACGAAGAGGUUGAAAACUUCCAUGUCAUAUUGGCGGAUGCUACAGGGGGUCGCAUUGGCAAAAAUUCACUGGCAGAGAUUAUCAUUGCAACAGACCCUGCCGAUGAGCCAGAGUUCUACUUCUCUGAGGCCAAGUAUCAGGUGGACGAGGGUGCCGGUUCCCUGGAGGUGAAUGUUUGGAAGACAGGAACCGACCUUUCCCAGCCCUCAAGUGUCACCGUCCUUUCAGGCAGUGCUGGGAGCCAGCCUGCAGAAGAAGGUGUCGACUACAUUCCUGUGAUGAAGAUACUGGACUUUGUCCCUGGAGAAACGACCAAAACUCUGCGGGUAACCAUAUUGGACGACCUUGCCAGCCCCCGCCUUGAGGGCCCGGAGACCUUUCACCUUGACCUUCAAAUCCCAGUAGGGGGCCGCCUGGCUGAACCCCAUAGGACCGUCAUCACUAUGAACGACUCCCUGUCAGACUUGCCCAGGAUGCAGUUUGAGGCUGCAGAAUACCUUGUACUGGAAAAUGAGCGCCACAUGGUUGCUGUGGUUACCAGAGUAGGGGACCUAAGCAGCCAAUCACAAGUGAGGUGCUACACCCAGUCUGUCACGGCCAAGAGUGGACUGGACUUUGUAGAGCGGCCCAACACUGACCAGUCUCUUGUGGUCUUCAAUCCAGGUGACAUGACAUCCGAGUGUGUUGUUCAGCUUGUUGAGGAUUCUGUGCGUGAGCAAGAGCAGAGUUUCCGACUGGUUCUCAGCGCGCCUUCCAGCAGUCUGCCAGGGGGAGCAACUCUGGGCUCCCAGAUGACAACACAAGUUGUUAUAGAUGAUCCACAUGACAUCCCAAGGAUCAUGUUCGAGAAGAACCAGUUCACGGUAAACGAGCCUAUCAUCAAGGGAGACCAGUCGGUCGCUCAUAUCUCGAUUGUGCGACUCGGGGACUUGAGUGAAACUUCACAGGUUCGAGUCUUUACGAGUAGUGGGACAGCCACAUCCGAGAGGGACUUCAACUCAGUCUCGAAAGUUGCUGAGUUUGGUCCUGGAGUGAGCCGCCAACUUGUGGACGUAGAGAUCCUGUAUGAUACAGAACAUGAGCAGAGCGAGACAUUCACCAUGCAGCUUUCACAGGACAUCAAUAUGGUCGCACUUGUUGGGCAUAACAGUAGGGCUGAUGUGAUCAUAGAAGAGAAAAGUCGUCUGACCAACCUUGCCUUCCCCAUACCGCCAGUGGUCAUGUCUCUGCAUGACCUUGACCUUGAACGACCUUCCAUUGACCUCCGACAGGGGUUUCCAUUGAUCUGCAUCUCUCCAUGUGACAGCCGCCAUCCCCAUUUUAACGAGGUGGAGGGCACCUGCAGGUCACAGAGUCUCCAUGAUAAUCAGACAAAGUUCCGCUGGCGCGUUGGUAGCCAUGGAAACCUGAGUGACCUGGACUCUGACACCACUGUGACCUCCACACGACAGCGGACCCUUGAUAGCAUCUACUUCACUGCAGGUACCAGUGUACAGUGUUUUGCCCGUGCAGUCAGUGUGAGUGGGGAACCAGGCAAGGAGACUGGCAGUGCCGUGGUAGCCAUCAGCCCCAGGGUGGGGCCAUGUCAGAGCCGGGCUGGAGCAAGGGAGGAGGGGCAGCCCUUCCAGGCAUCACUGAGAUACAUUGGGGGUGAUGAAGGCUCAAACACUCACAGCAUCCGUUUGAUGGUGGAGGUUCCACACAUAGACGGCACUCUUCCCAUCGUGUCCACUAGGCAACUGUCCAACAUGGCCUUCAAAACACCGGGGUCAAGGUCAUUGCUACACUGCAGUAACAUUGGUUUCUACGGUGAUGCUAAUGCUAAUAUUACAGGAUUUGGUUUCCAUGGCAACUCUUCCAGGUUACCAAGUGACAGAUAUCUCUAUGGAUACAAAAUGAGAGAUGGGGUCAAUCCUGUCACAACCUUAUUUUAUAGAAAUCUUGAUGUGAAGUCGUGUCAUUGGAAGUUUGAGGCCAGUUUUGACCUGCCUACUCUGACUAGUGAAUGUGGCGGCCGUAUCGAGGUGGACAGCCAGGUUUCCAAAGAGGAUAUGACAGUGCUUGUAUUGAAAGUGCCUGUGUUCUUCUCACGACUGCACUUCCAACCGGGCCAACAUUUGGAAUGGUUACGUGUAGACAGUCACACCACGGCACAACUUCGAUACGUCUACACUACACCCCUGCCUUGGCGGACUGGUUUGCAGUCAAACAUUGUCUCAUCUGGGCUGGCAGGCAAGAUGUUCCCUACCAGUAUAACUGUGGAGGACAGACGUCUUGUUGUCAGUGUUACCACAGAGACAAGUUUUAAAGGAAGAUUUCAUUUGAAACAUCAAGAUGCAGCAGCAAACAGUACAGUGACGUCCCUUGGCCGACCUGAUCUUGUUGUUGACCUACGUUUGGUAGCUACCACUGAGGAAACAACUCAACAGCACUGGCAAUUCAUCUUCAGAACGUUGCUCACAGACUAUUCUGGAAAGUACGAAAUAUCCUUGUUACCAUGUACCACAACCAGCGAGAGUCCUGGACCAAUCAGCUGCUCACCAGUCAACCCUGUGACCUUUAACCUGCCCCUGACCUUGCAGCCAAUCAGUGACCUUGUUCCCACACGCCUGAUCCUGGACACCAGAAUGAGGCUGAUGCGUAGACGGGAGGAGUGGAUGGAAGGGGGUGGGGCCAGGCCUGUGGACCAGAGUGUGGCCUUUGCUCCUGGUGAUACAGUGUAUGGUAGACUGGACACACAACCACCUCACCAGUCUGCAGUUGUGACUGUGAGCCAGGUGUUAGUGUGUUGUGGCCGGCAGGGCUACAUUCCACACUUCAACCCACAGCACGGGCUGUAUGGGUGUGCAGGGCAGACUGAGAAUCUGCACACUGUCCUCCGGAUACUGGAUGUAGAUUCUCCCCACCUGAUGGACCGCCAGUACAAUGGUCUGCACUUCAACGCAGAAUCCAGUCUCACUACCACCACCUUCACUCACACCUCCGAUGGUUUCUUGUUUGAUCCCUCACCAUUAUUCAGGGGUGAGGAGAAGUCCCUCUGGUUUGUGCAGGUCAUCUUCUCCCUGCACACAGACACUCACACAGCCACGUCUAGAACGAGGAAACUCCAGUCCACCGAGUCCAACAAGCGCGAGAAGGGACCCAAUGAUGACAUACCCUGGACAGGGAGCAGCGUACGAGGUACUAACAUGGCUCUGCUGGUCCUAGAUAGGGAGAGAAAGCCUGCCAAGAAAAGGGGCAUCCAGUCAGACCAAAUCCCCUCACAAAAUGACGGUCAGCUGCCGAUAAUAGCCGCAUUGAUAGGCGCUGGGGUCUUGUUAUUGAUAGGCCUGUUUAUAAUUGUGAUAUACAUUCGGCAUCGCAGAAAACAGACCUCCCCGCCACCCACUCCGUCAGGAACCAUAACUGUGAUGUCAACAUCACCUGGACACACAAAAGUUAUCUCCAACAUUCACACUUUCAAACCCGGGAAUCCAUUAGAAGUGUGAUGCUUGCCUGUCCAGUUUGAUGUUUUUACAGUUUUAAAUCGAAAUGUCCUUUCAUUGUUAUUUAUUAUAGGAACUACCAUGGCGUUGGGCUUUUGGGCUGCGUCCAAGAGAACGAUGUCCUGUCAACAAGUGACACAGUUGAAACUUUAUAAUAAAGUUUAUGGGCAUAAUAUAUCUGCCAUGUUCUAGCCAGAUAGAAUUUUACACUUAUGAAUCAAAACCCUUGAAUUCUAACAAAAUUUAGCUAUUUACUUAAAGAUCAAACUUGAGCAUGCACCUUUAUUUUUUAAUUAAAGUAGAUUAAUAUACUUAACGUUAAAUUCCUGGUUUCAUGGCAUUGUCAUGUUUCUUGUUGCAUCCAUAAUUUCUGUGACAUCAUUUGUACAACAAACUUAUAUAGUGUUUGCUGACUCAUGUAUCCCAGACCUUUAAAGAGGCAUAUUUUGCUAGUGUAUUACUUUGUAUACAUGUUAUACAACAUUAUUGAAACCAGUAUUUUGUCACCAUUAAAAAGAAUCAAGUGUGAAACUUGUGAAAUAAUUGUGCGUGUUGCUAAGAUGCAUUCAAAUGAAGGAAUAUAAUAUACGUAACUAAAAGCUUUGAUAUGCAAAAAUGGGCCUAUGGCCACAUCCAAACAAUGUAGCUCCAGACAUAGCUCUGCUUCUAUAUACUCUGAUGAGGAGCUACCCUGUCCGCUAAUGAGACCACAAAACCUUGCUUGACUUCAUAGCAGACAUGGUAGACACAAAACCUUGCUUGACUUCAUAGCAGACAUGGUAGACACAAAACCUUGCUUGACUUCAUAGCAGACAUGGUAGACACAAAACCUUGCUUGACUUCAUAGCAGCCAUGGUAGCUCCUUACAAGACUAUGUUUAUGUGCAGGCUGGUUUGGAGCUACGCUGGCUGCAUAUGUCAUAAUUGAACCCAAUUUUGCACAAAGCUGCUCUCAUACACAUAUAGAUGGGGAAUACUUAAGGUGCCUCAAGAUAUAUAAGGCAUUGGUAAUUUAAAAUAUAAUGACAUAUCUCUUUUGAAUAAAUGAAUCAUUUCAUCACUAUAUCCCUUUAAGACAUUCAGAAAUGAUUGGCUUGAAAUGUAACAUUAUCUGAGCACAUAUGAGCACACUACUAUAGUUAGGUUAGUGCAACAUUUCUUGGUUUUCUUAUCUGUGCAGUUACAGGCCUAUUGAAGAGUGUGAUUGGUUACCAUAAUUGAUUAAUAUGCACAUACAAUGUAUACAAAUGACAAACUUUUAACAGCAUGAAUUGUGCAGAUAUCAUGUAUCCUCAUAUUUUAUUCCAGUAUUCAAUUAUGUAUUAUGGGCAAGUGAAGUAAAAGAUCUUGCAAAAAACUACCUCCUAUAUAUUCAGAACAGUCAGAUUUUUAUAAUUGCUCAGUUAAAACAAGUAAGUACAUAUUAUGAAUAAACCAUGUAAAACAUGUGAUAUUAGAAUGAAAUAAACCAGCUUAUAAGAAAUACCUGGCCAAAAUGUGUACAUGUAUGUAAGUAUGAUGGAAAUCAUUGUUGAGUUGAAGGUAGUGGGACUAUGUUGUUGUAUAGAUUAUUGUGUAAAUUUUCAUUGGUAUGUAUAUAUUGUGCAUUAUUAGUCCCCUACCGGUUUUACCGGAGGGGACUUAUGGUUUGCGCACUGUCUGUCUGUCAGUCAGUCAGUCAGUCAGUCAGUCAGUCAGUCAGUCAGUCAGUCAGUCAGUCAGUCAGUCAGUCAGUCAGUCUGUCUGUCUGUCAGUCAGUCAGUCAGUCAGUCAGUCAGUCAGUCAGUCAGUAUGUCUGUCACACUUUUCUGGAUUCUGCGAUAACUUUAAAAGUUCUUAAUAUUUUUUCAUGAAACUUGGAACAUGAAUAGAUGUCAAUAUGGAAAUUAUGGGCGUCAUUUCAUUUCGUUCCUACGUCAAAAAUUCUGGUUGCUAUGGCAACAAAUAGACUAGAAAUACUGCUGAAAUGGUGGUUUCCUGGAUCCUGCGAUAACUUUUAAAGUUUUUAAUAUAUUUUCAUGAAACUUGAAACAUGGAUAGAUGGCAAUAUGGACAUUAUGCACGUCAUUUCAUUUUGUUCCUAUGUCAAAAAAUCUGGUUGCUAUGGCAACAAAUAUAUAAUUAAAAAAUCUGAAAAUGGUGGAAUUUCUGACAAUGGUGGAGCCAGUAGGGGACUUAUAUUGCUUGACAAUAGUCUUGUUUAAUAUUCCAUUUCAUGACCAACUUGAUCUAUUGAGCUCUGUUCUAGGAAAACUUGGCUUAAUGCAUUUGCUUAAAGUGUCGUCACAGAUAAGCCUGUGUCUGCUUAUCAGAGACAACACCUACUGCCUUAACUGAAUUUGUGCUAAGAAUAGACUCCCUUCAUACAAAAAAUACCAUAAAAGCAGAAAUUGUUUUCCCUGCAUAGCCUGUGCAGAAUAGCCUGUUGUCCAGUAAUGAGGCUAUGUAUGAGCUGGUAUCUGGGAAAACGGGGCUUAAUGCAUGUGCGUCGAGUGACACACCAGAUUAGAUCUUGCCAACUAAUCUAUGCAUUGCUUAAAUGCAAAGAUUUUGUUUUUAAAUCAAUUAUAUAUUGUAAUAUAAUGUUGUUCCUUUACAGAUCUGUUAUGUAUUUUAUCGGGUCAAGUAAUUUUAUAAUCUGAUGCAAUGUAUAGACAGUUUUUAUAUGUUUUCAUAUUUGCAUCAGAUAUACAGUAAAGAACGGUUAGUUGUAUUUUAUGAAUGAGGAGCAUGAUUUGGUAUGUUCUUAGGUCAUAAUGCCAGACUGGAUCGAACGGUAAACACUUGUCUUUCAAGAUAAAAUAGUGUGUAUAAAAUACAUUCAUUUAAAAAGUGGUCAGUGACUGUCAGUGGACAAGUGCAUUGGCAUAUAAAUUUAAACUGAAAUGGUUGUGAAAUACAAGAAACCAGUUGUUACUAUGUAGGUUUCUGUCAGUUUUUUUUUUCUCUUCUUUCAUUGUGUGAUUACUGAAGAAUAGGACAUUUGCACCCAAUCAAUGCUAACUAUUUACUCAUUUAGUUGUAUGUGCCCAUUAUAAUCUAUAUUGUUCAUACUUGUAUAAAAUGUUUGUAAAUAUAAAUGAAACAAUUGAGUAACACCAUGUUGCAAUAAAUUCUUAUUUCUU